GUCACACCCUAAUCCCAAUCGUGGCUUACAGCCAGUGUUUUGUCGCUGUCGCGGCAACAGGCAGCUUUUACCGGCCUUUUACCGGAUUUUUACCGAUAUUUUUUACCGCGAGUGGAAUAUUUUCCGAAAUGGGGAACAAAGUUGUGACGUUCACGGAACAACAGCUAGAGGAUUACCAGGACUGUACAUUUUUUACAAGGAAAGAAAUACUUAGAGUAUUCAAGCGCUUCAGAGAAGUGAACCCUACCUUAGUGCCUAAACGAAUGACGGAGAAUCAGCCUCACACUGUCGUUGUUCCUGUGGAAGAGAUAGAAAAAUUACCUGAAUUAAAAGAGAAUCCGUUCAAGCGUCGAAUAUGUCAGGUGUUCUCUCACGACGGCUCCGGGAACCUGACGUUUGAAGACUUCCUCGACAUGAUGUCUGUCUUCAGCGAGGCCGCGCCCAGAGAUAUCAAGGCUUGGUACGCGUUCCGCAUCUACGAUUUAGAUGACGACAUGUACAUUGGUCGAGACGAUCUCCUCGAGGCCACUCGUCUCCUCACGAAGGGCGAGCUGCACCCUCAGGAGCGCGAGGAGAUAGUGGCCAGCGUGCUGGACGAGGCCGACGUGGACGGCGACGGGAGACUCUCCUUCAUGGACUUCGAGCACGUCGUGGUGCGGGCGCCGGACUUUCUGUCCACCUUCCAUAUCAGAGUGUGAUGAGAAUAAAGCUUUUGAGUUCUUU